AUGCAUAUCAAAGAGAUGGUCGCCGAUGCCGAGAAGACGGCUGCCCCGUCUUUCUCCUUCGAAUACUUCCCUCCCAAAACCCUGACAGGUGUGCAAAACCUCUACGACCGCAUGGAGCGCAUGUACCACUUCGGCCCAAAAUUCAUCGACAUCACCUGGGGAGCUGGCGGCCGCAUAGCCGAGCUGACAUGCGAGAUGGUCAGCCAGGCCCAGGCCUACUUCGGUCUCGAGACGUGCAUGCACCUCACCUGCACCGAUAUGGGGCUCGAGAAGAUCAACGAUGCUCUGCGAAAAGCCUACAAGGCCGGCUGCACCAAUAUCCUGGCACUGAGAGGGGACCCUCCGAGAGACAAGGAGAAGUGGGAGGCUGCCGACGACGGCUUCAGGUACGCCAAGGAUCUGGUGGUCCACAUACGAAAGACAUACCACGACCACUUCGAUAUUGGCGUUGCCGGGUAUCCCGAGGGUUGCGACGACAACAAAGACGAGGAGCAACUGUUGGACCACUUGAAGGAGAAGGUGGACGCCGGGGCCACGUUCAUUGUCACUCAAAUGUUUUACGAUGUCGACAACUUUCUCCGUUGGGUUGGAAAGGUCCGCGCCCGCGGCAUCGACAUUCCUAUCAUUCCUGGCAUCAUGCCCAUUGCUACCUAUUCCAGUUUCAUCAGGAGGGUCAACCACAUGAAGUGUAAGGUCCCUCAGGAGUUCUUGGAUGCCCUCGAGCCCGUCAAGAACGACGAUGUUGCUGCUCGUGAAAUCGGCAAGACGUUGGUUGCCAACAUGUGCCGCAAGAUUCUGGCAGCAGGUAUCCCUCACCUACACUUUUACACCAUGAACCUGGCCCAGGCCACCCGCAUGGUCCUUGAAGAGCUGGACUGGAUGCCCUCAGAGCGUAGCCCUGUCAAGCAGGCUUUGCCAUGGAAGCAGUCCCUCGCACUCGGACGACGGGACGAGGAUGUGCGGCCGAUUUUCUGGCGCAACAGGAAUAAGUCAUACAUUUCAAGGACAAUGGACUGGGACGAGUUUCCCAACGGUCGCUGGGGUGACUCUCGAUCUCCUGCCUUCGGUGAGCUGGACGCCUAUGGUAUUGGCUUGACGGGUACAAACGAGCAGAACCGUAAGAAGUGGGGUGAGCCCAAAUCCGUCAAGGACGUGGCCGCCAUUUUCGUCAAAUACCUCAACAACGAGCUUGACCAGCUUCCUUGGAGCGAGUCUCCCCUUACUAGCGAAGCAGACGCCAUCAAGGAUGACCUCAUCGAGCUUAACAAGCGAGGACUUGUCACCAUCAACUCGCAGCCUGCCGUCAAUGGUGUGAAGUCAUCCCAUCCUGUCUACGGCUGGGGUCCAUCGAACGGUUUCGUGUACCAGAAGGCCUACCUCGAACUGCUUGUCUCCCCCGACGUGUACCCAGAGCUCAUCUCCCGCAUCGAAAAGCACCCAGAUUUGACGUACUACGCCGUCACCAAAGCCGGUAACCUCGCGACCAACACCCCAUCAGAAGGUCCCAAUGCGGUCACAUGGGGUGUCUUCCCCGGUAAGGAGAUCGUGCAGCCCACCAUUGUCGAGUCCAUCAGCUUCCUGGCAUGGAAAGACGAGGCAUUCCGGCUUGGCACAGACUGGGCCAACUGCUUUGAGGCCGGCAGCCCUAGUCGGAUCUUGUUGGAGCGCAUGAUGAAGGAUUGGUCCCUGAUCAAUAUCGUGAACAAUGACUUCCACCAGCCACGCACUAUCUUCGAAGUAAUGAAAGGACUUCAGGUCAAGGACCUCGAUGUUGAGGUGCAAUCGGACGGGCCCACAGCAAACUAA